AUGUCCGCCUUCGCAGAUGGGACGGCAGGCCAACGCGCUCGUGGUGGCGGAAAGCGCAACGGCGGCAGGGCUGCCGCGGCCAAGGGCAGUCCCUCGGGCAGGCAGUCGCAGGAUGCGGAUGGGGGUGACGAGGGGGAUCAUGCCGAGCCGGUCACUACCCGUGGUGGCGGAAAGCGCAACGGCGGCAGGGCUGCCGCGGCUAAGGCCGAUCCCUCGGGCAGGCCGGCGCAGGAUGCGGAUGGAGGCGACGAGGGGGAUCAUGCCGAGCCGGAAGCUCGUGGUGGCGGAAAGCGCAACGGCGGCAGGGCUGCCGCGGCCAAGGGCGGUCCCUCGGGCUUGCAGGAUGCGGAUGGGGGCGACGAGGGGGAUCAUGCCGAGCCGGUCACUACCCGUGGUGGCGGAAAGCGCAACGGUGGCAGGGCUGCCGCGGCUAAGGCCGAUCCCUCGGGCAGGCCGGCGCAGGAUGCGGAUGGAGGCGACGAGGGGGAUCAUGCCGAGCCGGAAGCUCGUGGUGGCGGAAAGCGCACCGGCGGCAGGGCUGCCGCAACCAAGGGCGGUCCCUCGGGCUCGCAGGAUGCGGAUGGUGGCGACGAGAAGGAUCAUCCCGAGCCGGAAGCUCGUGGUGGCGGCAUGCGCAACGGCGGCAGGGCUGCCGCGGCUAAGGGCGGUCCCUCGGGCAGGCAGUCGCAGGAUGCGGAUGGUGGCGACGAGAAGGAUCAUGCCGAGCCGGAAGCUCGUGGUGGCGGCAUGCGCAACGGCGGCAGGGCUGCCGCGGCUAAGGCCGAUCCCUCGGGCAGGCCGUCGCAGGAUGUGGAUGGAGGCGACGAGGGGGAUCAUGCCGAGCCGGAAGCUCGUGGUGGCGGCAUGCGCAACGGCGGUAGGGCUGCCGUGGCCAAGGGCAGUCCCUCGGGCUCGCAGGAUGCGGAUGGUGGCGACGAGAAGGAUCAUGCCGAGCCGGAAGCUCGUGGUGGCGGCAUGCGCAACGGCGGCAGGGCUGCCGCGGCUAAGGGCGGUCCCUCGGGCAGGCAGUCGCAGGAUGCGGAUGGUGGCGACGAGAAGGAUCAUGCCGUGCCUGCAUGCCGUGACGUUAACGAUCAUGAUGAGGACGAGCCAGCAGCAGUGUCUGAUGGGAAAGGUGGACGUGAAGCUGUGAUUCCGUACCAACGGCGCAAGGCUGUGGAUCCGGGCAGUUGCGACCAUAAGGCGAGACAAGCUCGGCACGGCCCCAAUGUGCACGUUUCGAGCUCGUCUGGUUCCGAGGAAGAUUCGAGCAACAGUGAGUCGGGCAGCUCAUCCGGGAGUGAGGAGGUAUACGAGGACGAGGAUGAGGAGGAGGAGGACGAGGAUGAUGAGGAGUUGGAGCCGGAGAGCAAGGAUGGGGAGGAGGCUCGGCCUUUGAAGAGGAGGAGUGUGCGGAAGCUCAAGAAGGGCAACGCUAAGCAAAAAUCGGAGAGGGGACGGGUGAAGAGCUGUAAACAGAGUGUGCGUCGUGCCAAACCACAUGGCAAGCGCCAGAGACCUCGAUUUGAAGCUAAAAUUGUGGGUGUGCGUAGCAAGGCGAAGCGGGAGUUGAAUUUUUACGAGUCCAUGGGGAUACGAUGUACAUCAAGCUCUCAUGAUCGGCAAGCCGCGGACCCGUACGCUACGUUACGCGAUCCGAUGGGUUCGGCCGGGAAGGGAGAUCCGAUGGCUUGGGGGUCAGCGCGGUUUGGCAGGGAAGCAACGGACCCGCCCCCCAACCAUAUGGGGGGUCGCGCGGUUCAUGUGAAAAACGAGGGGGCAACGAAGCGGCACGAACCCUCGGCAGCUGCAGCAGCGAAUGACGGUGUGGGAGGAGGUGUGUGGGCGAAUGCCUUGGGUGAAUGUGGCGGCGGUGUGGAAGGCUGCAUGUGGGAUGUACGGGAGAGCAGGGGAGAAGGGGGGGACGAGAAAAUGGAUCCGGCGACUAAGGAGGGGAGGGGAGAGAGCAUGGGCACACCUGGCGCAUCCAGUCGGCCGGAUGUGGCUGGCGGCAGGACUGUGGAGCAGCUCAUGCGAGAGCUUGCCCAGCGGGAUCGCGAAAUCGCUGCACUCAAGGCAAGGCCAGGAUCAGAAGGACCUGUCAAGCCCUGCACCCCUCCAUCUAGGCCUCCUCCUCUAGCGUCUCUGUCGAGCGGCCCAUCUGUAGGGGGCCUCGAUCCAGGCGUGGCGCCAGAAAGCCCAGCGAUGGUAGACGUACCGGUCCGUCGAACGCGUGGGAUGCCCACACCCAAGCUGCUGAAGCCCCUGUUCAUGGUGCUGGUGCUAGUGUGGGUGGCACGCGGCGCAAGGAUAGCUCAUUGUAGCAGUUAUCCUUCCUAUCCCUCCCCCCUCUCUCCCAUCCCUCGCCUAGCUCUUCCAGAGCCCCUGUUCCUGGUGCUGGUGGUGGUGUGGGUGUCAUGCGGCGGAGGGAUAGCUAAGAAUAGCAUUUAUCCUUCAUCUCACUUCCCUCUCUCUCCCAUCCCUCCCCUCCCUUUGCGAGAGCCCCUAGCCCCUGUUCCUGGUGCUGGGGGUGGUGGGUGUCAUGCGGCGGAGGGAAUAGAGGAAGCCAUAUCCGUCAACCCCACGCGGCCCCCUUUCUGUCCGCCGCUCCUCCCUCCCCUCUCUAUCCCGUCCCUCUCCCUCCUCGUCCAGAGCCACU